AUGGACAAAUCUGAGUUAUAUAAUUCAUCUGAUAAACAACAACUUCUUGAUUCGGUUUAUGAUGAUCUCAUUGAAAUGUCCAAAUCUCCAAACAUCAGUUUCGGAAUCAUAGCAGAAGAUGAAGCUUUUGACAAUCUUGAAUGUAUGACUACUCGCAUCUGGCAACUGCGACGAGAUGGGAAACUGCGCAAACUUUUCCACGUUAGAAAUCAGAACAGCGAAACUCUUAUGGAGAGAGCUACACGUGAAGAACAAAAGCAGUGUGCCUAUCUGAUCUAUCGUCUGAUGAAAAACGAAGAUUCUCGUUAUCGAGCUCAAAAACUCGGUAUGAACAGGGUUGUGGACGAUUCAGAAGUUCGAGCACAAUUCCAAGGCGAUUCAUCAGAAGAGGAAACUCGCACCAAAGAUUUACCUCCGCGUCCUCACCAAGGACGUCGUUUAUCGAGAGAAAAGCUGACAAAUACAAUUAAGAAGAAGAUGCAACCCAAAGAUUACUUCGAUUUGGUUAAACGAAGCAGAUCUGCUCAUAGUCGUUUCCAUCUCGAUCGAACACUCUCUGAUGAUUACAAACGAAAUCAAGCAGCAUCAAUGACAUCUUCAGAAGACAAGACAAGUACUCACAAAUCAUUGGAUGAAACAAGUAGUGUUGGAGAAAGGCUAUUCCAAUUGAUAUCAAUGAGGACAAUCCUGGGAAUGGCUUUCCAUAAUAAUACUGAAAGCAAUAGAAAUUCUCGAACUUCAGAAGAAGAGCAAUCUGUUGAUCUUCAUUUAAUUGAAGAGAAAGUCGAAGAUGAAGGCUUCCGGUCUACACUCUUUACUCCAUCAAAGUCUUCUAUGAAGCUGCCCCCAUUACUAUCAUUCAGACGACGAACUCAAAUAAAACAGUUCAAUCCAAUACUUAUGAAUGCAAAAUCAAUUUUAAAUCUCAAAGGAGUUGUCAGAAUUGUCUAUUACCCUAAUUGCCUUUUAUUUAUUCGAAUAACAUCUGUUUAUACAAUUCCUGUUGAUAACGGAGUUGAAGGAGAACCAGAGAUUGAAUGCGGGGCUACAUCAGUCAUUGUUAACUUUAAUACUAGGAAUCCUUUUGAGGGUCAUGUCUUCGUUAAGGGGCUGUUCGACCAGUCAGAUUGUAGAAACAAUGAAGGAGGUCGACAGGUUGCCGGAAUUACAUUACCCUUUGAUUCAUGCAAUGUGGCUAGAACUCGAUCUUUGAAUCCUAGAGGAAUAUUUGUAUCAGUUACAAUAGUCAUUUCCUUCCAUCCGCAAUUUGUUACAAAAGUUGACAGAGCCUACAGAAUUCAAUGUUUCUACAUGGAAGCUGACAAGACUGUGUCCUCAAACAUUGAAGUUUCUGAUCUUACAACAGCAUUCCAAACAGCUGGUGUCCCGAUGCCAAUAUGUCGAUAUGAUAUCCUCAAUGGAGGUCCAACUGGAGAUCCAAUUCAGUUUGCAACAAUUGGUCAACAAGUUUACCAUAAAUGGACUUGUGAAUCUGAGACCCAGGAUAUAUUCUGUGCUGUUGUCCAUACUUGUACAGUCGAUGACGGUAAUGGAGACAGAAUUCAGAUAAUUGACGAAAAUGGAUGUGCACGCGACAAGUUCUUAUUGAAUAACUUAGAAUAUCCUACGGAUCUUAUGGCAGGCCAGGAAGCUCACGUCUACAAGUAUGCAGACAGAGCUCAGCUCUUCUAUCAAUGCCAAAUCAGUGUCACAAUCAAAGAACCUACAGAAGAGUGUCCUCGUCCGGAAUGUGCUGAACCUCAAGGUUUCGGAGCUGUGAAGGAUCCCGAAUUUGCAAGCCCUCCAGCACUCCCCAUCAAUAAUAGUGAACCAACCCUUCCUCCUCCACCACCAGCAGCCACAAUCCGGCUCUUGAGAAAACGACGAUCUGUUUCACAACAACCAAGAUGGACAAAAGAGAAUACUCUUGAUGUACGAGUGGAAUUGAGUACAUCAGAUUUGCAGUCUAAAUACCCGACUGCUUUGAAACUGGAAUCAGAAGAGACUAAUGGAAUUUGUCUCUCACCCAUUACAGUGUUCUUUAUUGCAACUGGAGCUGUUGGGAUAAUAGCUCUCGGUUUCUUCAUAGGCAGUUACCUUUUACGACCAAGAGUACAAGAAGUGUAG